GAAGUGGCUGAAGACAAUGUUACGCGACUAUCGCCCUGGCUUAGAUACAUGACGUAGCGUGUCUCUGGGUUACCCUAGAGAUUAUCAAUUUCAGGAUAAUGCGAUUAGCAAAGGGAUAAAUCCCCCUUCAAAUGGCUAUUGAUUAAGUUCAAGGAAAAGGAUAAAUCCGGAUUACUCCUUAGACAUGUACCAAAUGCUGCGACUAUUAGACCACGGUAGUUUACUUAUAAAUAAGGUUAAAUACGCAAUGCUUUUAAAAACACCAUCACGUCAGGGGUCUGAGUCAUGGAUUCAUACUAUAGUACAAUGCGUAAACACAACGACAUGCAAGAUAAGCGAGCCGUCAACACUUACGAAGACGUCAGCAGGCCUCUAGCCUUUUUCUCGGGUAACGUUGAGCUGUGUUGGCAGAACAGUUCAUUUAGCCGGAAUAUGCCGUUCGCCACCUGGACCAAUGUCAGAGCUGCUGUCAGUGCAAUCUAGACUCCAAGAAGGAAUAUCGCACUCGGAAGCCAGCUCAAACCAGUAAUAUCACAAGCUACAAUGGCCAAAACAUUAGUAAUUCUUAUCUUGUUCCUAUCUCUAUCGCGCUGAGAGGAAUACGCAAAGCUUCCCCGUGGGGCAUGAACCCCUCUAGCCGAGAUUUCCGAGGUUCACUACCGCUUGUCCCACAUGGGUCCAGCCCCUUAGCCCCUAGCAGGGGGCCUCAUCUACCACCACUCAGCGAGACAGUGAAGUUUGGGGUAAAUCUGGGGUUCAUUCUCUCUGCUCCUGCUCCUCCUCUUCAACCUCGGGUACCAUCGUCUCCGCCUUGUACCAGGAUGAACAACACUCAGCAACCGAUUCGCUUCGCCAAGAAGCCUGUCUCGAGGAAGCGCGCGACAAAGGCGUGUCUUAAAUGUCGCAAGCGAAAGGUCCGGUGUGAUGUCACCCGCACGUCUACGCCUUGUACAAACUGUCGACUUGACGGCUGCGAAUGCGUCGUCGCUCGUCGCGCUGAUGCUUUUCCCAUUCCUCAUCGAGGCGCGUCCGUCGUCUCCGACAAUGCCGACCUUAUUCGGGACUGUGAAGCCGUCACGGCAGCUGCAUCCACGUCGCCGUCUUCGAACCACGAUAACCCUACGAGUCCUGUCGACGAUGCGACUGCCGUGCUACAUACACUAGAAGAGAGCGAAUACAAGACAUCGGUCGAGCAUCAGGAGCGGGUAGACCUCGAGUCGCCCACGACGAAUACCACCGAAGAUGUCGUCGAAGAGAUUAGAGAAAUCCCACCAUAUACACCCUCAAUUAUCGAAGAGCCCAGCGAACCCGUUCGAUCCGAACUCAAAGCUCUAUACUCAUCAAUGCCCUUCCUGAGGACCCUCAACAUGCGCGACUGCGAUUUCUACCAUCUAAAUGCUCAAGGCUGUCUACGCGUCCCUUCCAAGCCGAUCCUCGACGAAUUCAUCCGACAUUACUUCCUCUACAUUCAUCCGUUACUCCCUCUUAUCAACGAAGCCGAUUUCUGGAAUGCGUACGAUCCUACACCUAAUUCUGCGACGUCCGGGACGCCUGUUUCGAUGCUUCUGUUGCAAUCGAUGAUGUUUGCUUCGUGCACUUUUGUCUCAAAGGAGAGUCUCCGCACGCUGGGAUUCGCCACCAUCCUCGAAGCCAAGGAGGCUUUCUACACCAAGGCCAAGCUUCUAUACGACUUCUCGACCGACCCCGAUCCAAUCUCCAUCGCACAAUCUGCUCUCCUCCUGACCUACUGGUGUCCGACCUUCCGCUCGGGACCUGGCAAGGCGAACAGUAGAUGGCUCCGAAUUGCGAUUCAACACGCUAAGUCAUGCGACGCCGAUAGUUACGACUCCCCCUCUUACGGACUACACAUAUCACAACAAGAUGUCAAGAGACGGAACAUACUCAAGCGUAUCUGGUGGUGCUGUAUUAUCCGCGAUCGAAUCAUGCCCCUCUGCGUUCGCAGGAACAUCCAGAUUACUAGUGCCCAUUUCGACUUUGCGAACUGCUCCCCACUAUGUUACGACGAUCUUGUCGAUGAACUUGAGUCAUCGCGGGUCUACAACAUCGCCACAAAGCACAAGCUCAUCCUCACAUUAGAACGCCUUACAGAACUCUGCGUUACUUUGACAGACGUCCUGAGCCUAGUAUAUCCUACCGAGACCUUGCCGAUUUUAGACGCGGAAGCACAUUCGACAGCAUAUGCGCAAGUGCAGGAGCAUAAGAGGUCACUCAAGAAUUGGGCAGUGGCUACAAGACCACCGCUCGCCAUUCAAGAUUUGACAUUGAGUUCAGGAGGAUACGAGGACUCUGCAGUAUUGUUCACGAAUCUAGUCUGGAUCUACUUCCACGCCAGCCAAGUCGCCCUCUGCAACUACGAACUUCACCUCGGUCUAAUAUUGGGUCUCGUCAACCAAAAUCCCACCGCAUCACACGAGACGCAAUUCCUCAAGAACAACAGAAGGGAUCUCCGAAACGCCACCAAAAGCAUAGCGGAAUGCUUUGCCCGACUACACCCCCACCGACUCACCCGUUGGCUACCCAGCAGCGCUGUAGCAUGCACAGCCCUCCCUCUCGCGAUGCACAUGGUCGACAUGAAGAUGUCCACUGCCUCUUCCGCGACCGAGAUAUGGGCCCGUCCAGAAGUUGCUUCCAAGCAAUCGCGACUCAACGUCCUCAUCCAAGUUUUCAGGGAGCUUCACCCCAAGUACGACGGCGUUCACUCUAUUUCCAAGACCAUUCGAUACUUUAUGGAGUGCAGUGACCGCGAGGAACCUCCACAAAUGAUGCUUACCAACGAUCACGCUGAUGUACUGGCUCGAAGUCCAACGCAAUAUCUUAGACUGGCUUUGACCAUCGAUGUGUGUCUUAGUCAAGAUCGCCUGGCUCAAGAUAGUGACUUUCCAGCUGCUCUAAGGCGUUUCUUCAACAGGAACCGUUCUUUGAUGCCCAUGCUACUAGGACAACCACAAUUCGCGCCAAUGCCAAUGACACAACAGAUAUCCCUCCCUCGACCAUUGUCGCCAGCAACAUAUGCGAAAAGCUUUUCGCGAUGGAUGGAAGACGACCCAUCCGUGGGUUUUGCUAUGCAGAUGGGUAUAGACAUAGGACCCCAAACGCCUAUAGUCUACGAAGUUGCGGAACGAGCGCAAAAGACACAUUCCGAGACUACGGAAGAACCAUCUCCUGUGUCUGAGCGGUCACAGUUCAGUGAAUCGGUAAUGGGCAUGGAGACAACGGAGGAUCUGUUACAGCGUCUUCAGGGGGCAGUGAGUUGGGCUCAGAAUGAUCAAGCUUUGUAUUUUGCCCAAGAGAUGGGUUUGCUCUCCGAUGGAAUUGGGUUUAAUCAGGGCUAUUUGUAAAACAGCUUGCAAGCGUUGAGAUUUAAUGACAUGACAUGAAUAUCUACAUAAUCAAUAUUGCUCUAUUAUUUACCAUAGCCUUUCUGUUCUGUCUGAACCCUUGACGUUAUGCCCCGGUUUGUUAUUCUUGCUACUCAGUUUCCACGAGGGUACAUCCGGCUACCACCAUUUCCAGAACUUGUAUCUGUAGCGGAAUGCUCAACAUUGCUCAAAAGUUCAAUACUUGCAUCCGAGUAUUGAUACCCUCUAUCCUCCUGUCGAGAAGAAUCAUCU